AUGAGGAAGCGUUUGAUCCAAAUAUUUGGUUUCUUGAUCUCAUCGUUGGGGUGGCUGUUUGUGUUGUGCACCAUGGCAAUGGACAACUGGAGAAUCAGUCAAGUAGGAGGUGAAGGUGGUUCUUAUAUCAUCAAGGUGGCUUGGUACUGGUCCAACCUGUGGAAGGACUGCUACACUGAAUCCACAGCUGUCACCCACUGCAGAGACUACACGGUCAUCUGGAACGUCGUCUCCAGCAUGGGUUACAGGACUACAGUGAUGUACACUGAGAUGGGCUGCUUUGUGGUCUGCGUAGCCGGAUGGAUCCUUGUUUGUUCCACAAUGCCAACCGAGAUCUGGACUUGGUCUGAGGUUAGCGGCAUAGUCCUGACUUCGUCAAACUACUUCUCCAACUUGUGGAAAGACUGCGUUUCUGAUUCAACGGGAGUAUCUUCCUGCAAAGGGAUCCCAUCACUGUUUGCCCUGAGCUGGGACAUCCAUAUGUGCCGGGCUCUUAUCAUUACCUGCAUUAUCCUGGCAUCCUUUGGGUCGAUUCUGGUCUUAGUGGGAAUGAAAUGCACAAAGAUUGGGGGCUCUGAGAUUACUAAUGCAAAAGUGACCUUUGCUGGAGGGAUGAACUACCUUGCAGGAGGGGUUUGCUCCAUGGUCGCUUACUCUUACUAUGGAAACAAACUUAGAACUGAGUUUCAAGACCCUUCCUAUGUAGAACAGAAGUUUGAAAUAGGCGUUGGUGUCUAUGUUGGCUGGGGUGGUUCCACUUUACUGGUUGUUGGAGGCCUUGUUUACAGCAUCUUAGCAGGAAGAGAAGCGUGCAGUUCACGCCCAGAAAAUGUCCAGGCCUACCAGGUCCCCGGCUACACCUUUGUCCCGUCACGGAAAAGCUUUGUGUCGUCAGCUCGCACAGAAAUCACAGAGAGCAGGAAAUCAAGGAGCUCAAGUGAGAGCAGAGCCAGCAGCAUCUCCGCGAUCUCCAGCACCACCAAGACGACGGGCGUCCAGUCUUAUGUGUGA